AUGAAUCAACAUCAAGCCAAUAACCUUCUUGCACAUCACAGUGGUAGCUUUAAUCCAACUGGAGGUCGGUUGGAAAACUCAUCAUCAUCCUUCACUCCUGGUUUGCGUCAUCCAGAAAACAAUAUUGUUCAGAUUGGGUCAGAAACCUAUUACACUGUGGGAAACAUUCAACAAAAUGGUUAUGAUAUGACUAACAAUGUUCAGCAAUCCCAAUGGCCACCUCAGCAGUCCUUUCCAGCGACCGGUCUUCCACGUCUCCCACCAACUCAGACAUGCGAGGUCAGAUCAACCGGUCCAAUGUCUGGAUCAAUUCUUGGUUCUGCGGUGAACUCAGGUUCUAACCUUAUUCCAAAUUCGUCGGCUCAAAUCUGGGAUAUUGGUACACCUGGCCUAUCUUCCCUUUCCAAUGGAGCCGUCUCUUCAACCAACAAGAAAGUAAUCACUCGUGUCGAUCAAUGCCCAGACUUUUGGAACCUCCCGGUUAGUCACUUGUAUGAAUGGCAAAGGAUGGUAGAUAUUCAGGAUCAUAGUGUCCAGGAUUACUUCAAUCAAGCGUUGAAAAAAGCAGAAGACGACUUGGAUGAGCCGGACUUUGAUGGUAGUGACUCAGCGAAAUUCAAAUUCAACAGCACCUGUCCCAGCCAACUCGAUCUCUUGUUCAUGCGAUGCCUUGCAGAACUCAGUCCUUUUGGUACACCGGGUAAAAAGUUGAAAGUAUUCAAACAGUGUGCAACGUUGUUGAAGAUGGACAGUGGGACCGUCGAAGAUGACAAGGAGCUGCGUGAAUUGAUCCACACAGUCGAGCAUGAGGAAGAGAACGGCCUAGCUCUCAAACUAGCUUCCAAGGAGGAACGUGAGACACUCAAGAACCGAUAUAUGCUGGCAGAGGAUUACCGUGAUCGGGCUGCAAGAGGGGAAGUACGUAAGCGCUCAGAAACCCCCUCAGAAACCGACGACGAUGGCAGAUUGAUUAGCAGGAAACCCAAGAAGGCCCGCAACUCAGCUGCAUCCCAUGCAAACGCGGUCAUGGAGGAGCUGAGUGCUUUUAGUGGCGAAAUGAGUAAGAUGAAUGAAGCCGCUUUGACCGCUCAAGCAGAGCAAAACAACAAAAUAAACCUCCUUUACGAACGUGAGCUCACCAUAGCUGCCGCGGAGGCUAGAUCUCUAGAAGCACAUCGCAAGGCAGAACUGGCCCUUGAACAAAAAAAAUUCGAGUUGGCAUCUGAGCAAUCAAAAACCACAAACCUCACCUUAGAAGCUCUUGACGCUAAAGUAGACUCAAAAAUGACCUCAAUCAAUGACGCCUUGGCAGCAAUCAUGACUCAACUUUCCUCGCGUGUGCAAUGA